AUGUGCUCCUUUCUGGCGGCAAAUCAACUUAUCACAAAUCUGGCCUUCGUAAACUUCUUCCUGCAACCACGGGGGCCAGAUGUGACGACACACGUCCGUUUACAUGGCUUUGACUUUGUUCACAACUUGUUGCACAUGACAGGUGAACGGCGACCCCAACCCUUCGUCUCUUCUGAUGGCCGCAUCGUGGCUCUUUUCAAUGGAGAGAUCUACAACUGGCGGCGUUUGAGUGAAGAGGCCCAGUCGCGCGGGCUGCCAGCGUUUCAGUCGGACGGCGAAGCCAUUUUACCCACCUACGCCAUGGCAGGGGAGUCGUUCCCUUUGGCUUUGCAUGGGGAGUUUGCCAUCGCCAUUUUUGAUUUUGAAAGUCGCAAGGCAGUGUUUGCUAUGGAUGCUUUUGGUACUAAGCCACUGUGGUAUGCACUCAGUGGAGGCAAGUUGGCAGUCGCUUCUUACAAAAGUGGGCUUCUUCGACUGGGGUUCCUGAGCAAAGACAUACACAUGGUGGGCCCUAAUAGGGUCCUGACCAUUUCCUUGGAGACAUUCAGCAUAGUGAAGCAAACGGCUGUUUUUGAGUUUGACCUACGGCAGUUCAAGACUUCGACGGAGGACUUUAUCCAUGCCUUCAACGAAGCUGUGCAGUUGCGAACCCAGGAUUUGGAGCAAACGGGCCGACCAUUGUUCAUUGGGCUCUCGUCUGGCUUUGACUCCGGGGCGAUCCACGCCUCCUUACACCAGAAUUCCGUCCGACAUCACGCCUUUGCGCUGUUGGCUGAGGAGAUGCCACAAAUGCUCCAUGACCGGGCCAUGUUUGCCAAGUCCACUUCGGAGGUCUCUGUGGUUCUGAUGAACGAUUGGGACUUUGAGCAAGAACGAGAGUGGCUGUCAGAGAGAGCUGAGCCGUUCAACUACUUGGGACGUAACUUGACUGGGCAAAUCAAUGUACUAGACGACUAUGCGGCCAUUGGCUUAAGCUACAUCGUCCGCUUGAGCCGGGACCGUGGAGCCUUAUGCUACCUCUCUGGUACCGGUGCGGAUGAAAUUCUGAGCGAUUACGGCUUUGAGGGUGAGAAGUGGUGUCCUCAGUCAUCUUUUGGAGGCCUCUUUCCGGAAAAUCUGUCGACCAUCUUCCCCUGGGGCGAGUUCUUCCUAUCAACUCAGCGAGACUACCUGCACAAGGAAGAACAUGUUGCUGGUGCACAUGGUGUGGAAGGACGAUACCCAUUUUUGGACACGCGCGUGGUGCAAGAAUAUCUUUGGCUGGCCCCUGAAGUGAAGAAUCGGGAAUACAAGUCUCCUUUGCAUGAUGCCUUCGUGGGCUGGGGAUAUCCCUUUGAGAGGAGGAAGAAAACAGGCUUUGCCGCACGCGCCAAUUUGGUCUCAGACGACUACAGCAUCCUUUGGCGCUACAACACCCACCCACCGGUGCCAUGUGGCCCGCAUGUCGCGCCCAAUACCAUCUCUUUGUGCACCGACAUGGGCCAGGGGCUCGCAUGCGAAGUGAAAUGCUCAGAUGAUCAGCCACCCAGUACCGAUACCUUACGCUGUGGUCAUCGUGGCUUGUGGGUGGGGCACAUCGAGUGUGGCGGCAACUCCUCAGCGACCCUGUGGCCCAAGAACGGGCCGGCCCCCCCCCCGGGUGGUGGAACAGGGCUAGGCCGCUAG